AUGGUUGAUGGAAGGAAGGUGCUGUUUGCAAGGUCUUCGAAAUCAAACAAUCUGAGCAUGGGGAUUGUGGGACUUCCAAAUGUAGGCAAGUCUACCCUGUUCAACUUUCUUACCAGAAACAACGUUCCUGCAGAAAACUAUCCGUUUUGUACAAUUGACCCCUCUGAGGGACGUGUGGAGAUCCAAGACGAGAGAGUGGAGGCCCUGGCAGAGAAGUAUAUGCCCCAUAAUGUCGUAAGAGCAUACUUGAGUGUGACGGAUAUAGCAGGGCUGGUGAAGGGAGCAAGUACCGGUGUUGGACUUGGGAAUCAUUUUUUGGACAAUAUCAGAAAUGUGGACGGGAUCUUCCAUGUUGUAAGGUGCUUUGAGGAUCCGGAAGUAGCACAUUUUGAAGAUGGGGUAGAUCCGAUAAGGGAUAUAGAAAUAGUCAACGAAGAACUAAGGCUUAAGGAUUAUGAGACGUUGGUUCGGCAUGAAGAGAAGAUGUCGAAGGAUAUGAAGUCAAAGCCUUCUGACAAGAAGUUGAAAGACCAGGUUGCACUAGUCAAAAGACUUGUAGAGAUACUAAAAAAUGAUUGGGUAAAUAAGCAUGAGUUUAAUGAGGAGGAGAUUGAAUACAUCAGUACUCUGAAUCUACUUACAGUGAAGAAUGUGGUGUACCUUGCCAACAUCAGUGAGAAGGAUUACGAGAUGCGUCGUGCAAACAAGCAUUUGCGAGCUGUUAUGAAAUACUCUGAUGAUGUAAUUGUAUUCAGUGCUGCAUAUGAGAGCAACCAUGAAUCCAAAGUGUUUUUAGAUAAGCUUGUCAAGAAAGGUUAUGAGUCUUUAGACCUCAUCAACUUCUUCACUGUGGGAAAGGAUGAGGUUAGGAGUUGGACAAUAAGAAGAGGGAUAAAUGCACCUUCGGCAGGAGCAGUGAUUCAUUCCGACUUUAAGAAGUACUUCGUAAUGGCCGAGGUCAUGUCUUUUGAAGAUUUCAAGGCUUAUGGAAGUGAGGCUGAAGUGAAGAGGGCCGGGAAAUAUCACCAAAGGGGAAAGACUUAUGUCGUUAAUGAUGGGGACAUAAUCCUCUUCAAAGUAAAUCCGCCUAAGUCCGUGGGGAAGAAGAAAUGA